AUGGCAAUAAACCGAAUAGCUUUCUUCACCGGGAUUCUCACCAUUUGUGUGACCGGUCAACAACUUUUCGAUGCUUUCCCAAAGCCCCCGAAAAACUUCUGGGCAAGAAAUGGGCUUGAGAUAAAUGAUCAGAUACCGCAAAGCAUUCGCAGCUUCGAGAUGAAAGAUUGGCUUUUCCGAGUGAUCAAGCGAAUUGGUGCCACGAAUUGGGCAAACGCGGCCUGCAUGGAAGAUAUGGCCGAUCUCGAGGAAUCGUAUGCGAGAAUUCUGGAGGCGUUCGUUGAAAAGAAUGUGACGAUGAACGAUUUCGAUAAACAAGUCACACUAAGUGUGAUCGACUCAAAUGGUGUUUACAGUGGAGGGUUUUUGCGUGGGCGAAAAGUCUAUCAAGGACGAUUCGAUGAGUGCCGUCAGAUCGAGUACCGAGAUCCGUCUCGAUCGCAUACCUGGGAGGGUGAUAUUUUUAGAUUCUAUUUUGGUAAAGAAGAUGGUGAUAUCUGUGCGACAGGGACAAUUGUUGCUGCUUUCGAUCAAUGUCUUCCAAAAUCAUGCAAAGUGCCUGAAUUGAGAAAACUUCACGAAAAUGAGAUGUUAUGGUAUCGUCUUUUCAUGGCAUUUUCUCUGUCAACCAAUGUGAAAGGGAUCAUGAAUGUGAAAGGAGCGAGUAAGUCUGGUCAAAUCGGUCCCCUUCAUUGUAUGCGUUUCUUGUCGAUGGUUUGGAUUAUCAUGGGGCACACAAACGAGAAUCUCAUCAGUUUUGCUUCAAACGUUUUGGAUAUUGUCGACGAUGCAAAAGCGGCUCCAUUCUACGUUUUGUCGAAUUCUUUCUUUUCCGUCGACACAUUCUUCUUCAUUGGCGGCGUUCUGCUGUCAUAUAUUUGGUUUAAAGAGUUCAAGAAAGAUCGCAAUUCGGUGAUGUCCAGCAAGGGAUGGAUGAUGUUUUAUGUGCACAGAAUUUUACGCCUCUCACCUCCCUACUAUUUCGCCUUUUUCUUUUGGGGUUACGUUUUCUUACCAAACUUGCCCGAUGCACCAAAUCGACUCUUUUUCGGUGGAAGCGAAGAGGAUUCAUGCCGAGAAUUCUGGUGGCCUGCAAUGCUCUAUAUUCAGAAUCUAGUUCACUCUCACCAUCAGUGUUACGGUGUUUCGUGGUAUUUGGCGGCUGAUAUGCAAAUGUACGUCUUCUCACCAAUUCUUCUCGUUGCUCUGGCGAUGAAUGUGUACCUUGGCCUCGGUGUCGCGGGAGCGAUUCUCUUCUUGUCAACCGGCGGCAACAUUGCCACAAUCUAUCGAUACCGUUAUCCAGCAACUGUUGACAUUUUUGAUGCACCCGAUCCAAAAAUGAAGGAAUCCGACUAUGACAACUACAUGUUCUUGAUGUACACGGCCGCAUGGAUUCGUUGUCAGAUCUACGUGAUGGGCAUUCUCGUCGGAUAUUUUCUUCAAAUGAAGAAAACGCUCAAAAUCAAUAAGUAUCUCAACUUGGGUCUUCUCAUUUUCUCGAUGGCUUUCAUGCUGUUCGAUGUGAUGAUUCUUCAUGUGUCACCCCAUGACAAAGUGAUGCCAAUCUUUUGGCGUGCAAUCUAUUCGGCUUUCUCGAAGCCUUUAUGGGGUCUCUGCCUUACAUGGAUCGUCGUCUCAUGCUAUUAUGGAUAUGGAGGCAUAGUCAACUCUUUCAUGUCGUGGCCUGGAUGGACUCCAUUGGGUCGUCUAACCUAUUCCGCUUAUCUCAUCCAUCUAAUCGUUGUCUAUUACUUGCUCACCAUUCAUCCAUCCGAAAUCAUUUGGGGAGCCUACGCGGACAUUUUUUCGAGCUUCGUGAUUCCAUCUAUUGUGAUCACUUAUGUUCUAGCCAUAUUCUGGAGUUCUUGUUUCGAAGUGGCUAUGGGAAAGGUCGAAGUGAUCCUUGUUGGUGGUCGUCAAAGAGCACGAUCGGUGGUUGAGAAGAAAGAUGAAAUCAAAGGGAAUGGUGUUCCUGAAAAGGCACAUCAAAUAGAAAAUGGGCACACUAAUGGCUAUAUGGUGACACCGAUGAAAGUCACUCCGAUUUCAUCGUCAAAAGAUGAAGCAUGGUCA